GUGCAAGGUUGUGUUCAAUACUUUGUACCGUCAAUGUAUACAGAUAAGAAACAGGAAGUUUAAUAAAAUGUAAACUGCUUUUACUUCUUUUAAUCGCAUAACAGUAUUUCGUGUUCUGAGUUAAAACUCCAAAGUGAAUAUUUAAAAUCGAAGAAUAUCUAAGAUUUGGAAAUGAGGACACUGCGCUGAUAUAAUUCUGAAGGAUGUUACUAGGAGCUCAGGGACAUGCGAUCUUUAUAGCCUGCAUAGUAUGUGUAAUCAAAUAUGCAGUGGCGAUGGAUAAUUCAUUAACAAUAUGUUUCGCAGGGAAAUCACAAAAAAAUCACGAAGCUAUUAUUAAUUCACCAAGGGAACUUGCACCAACGGUUAGUUCUGUCUCCGGGGAUUGCAAAUGUACUGUACAUCGUAGCGGCAAAGAAAACACAAAUGCGCUGGUGAAACUUAUUGCACGUGGUCAGGGAUUUUUCUAUGGCAUCGACCCAAUUGGAGAAGAUGAUGGCAGAUUCAGAUUUUCAAUCAAGUCACAUAAUUUGAGUGUGACAUUUAGAACAACUGAGGCUUCGAGUGAUAGUUAUCUCAGGGUCGAAGGACUCGACGGGGCGCAAUUUAUAGUUGAGUGCACACAACAUUUUGAGAACCAAGAGGGAGUCAGUGAGAACAAAGACCCUAUUGAAAGGAAUGAUGAUUUUUGCUGCUUCUUUGUGCUCUACAUCGCCGUUGGUGUUGCUGUUGUGGUGAUCAUUGUUGUUGUCAUUGUUUUGGUUAGAACCAGAAAACGAAAGAAGUCUACUAGCCGAAAGCAUGGACGCACUUUAAACACGAAUGAGGCACGCAAUACCAACGAAACAGUCGACCCUUACUGGGACGAGGCGGGGAACGCGCUUUCCGAAACGGACACAGUGCAUCUCCGGGUCGGCGAAACUUCAAACAAUGAUGGGGAGAAACAAUUAAUUAGGAAUGAAAAACACAAACAUGACGAUACUGAUGAGAGAAGGAGUGGAACGAGUGAAGAAGACCCGUACUGGGAAGAGGCUGAAAAUGCCCUCUACAAUAUUGAGACGAUGCCCCUCCGGGUCGGACCAACAAAGAACAAUGAUGGGGAAAGACAACCGAAUAAGAAUAUAAGACACAAACCGGUUACUACCAAUGACAACGAUAGUGCCUUGGUAGGGAACGCAGUGUGUGAGGAAGACCCCUACUGGGAAGAGGCUGAAAACUCCCUCUACAAUACGAACACUGUUCUUGAACAGACAGGAUUUGUCCCAUCAACACAACAUGCUCAUAACCUUGUAAUAACGUGAUAAUGAAACUAACAAGUUCCACAUGAGACAAAUGCUCAGGGAAGUAAAUAAAAAUGCGGAGGAGUAAAUAAAAAAAACUGAAAAUGUUGAAGUAA